CGUUCCUCCAGCCAUUUGCUCUCCGCCACACACUACGACCCCGCGAUCGACACAAUUGUCCUCACAGGCGACACAAUGGCGAAGUCGACGCUCUCCGGCUCACUCGCUAUCCUCGACUUCAUCACCUCGCACAAGUGCGGGACAGAGCCCGGACCCCUCUACGCCGUGCGCGGGAACCACGACCAGACGAUCGUCCAGUGGCGCGCCUGGCGAGACUGGUUUGAGCCCCUUCAGCUCUCCAUCCCUUCCACCCCCGCAUUCGCCGACUCCGAGUCCGAGUCGGACGCGGAGGUGAAUCCAGACGCGCACCCGGGGCGCCCGGUCAAGACAGGCAGGCAGUUCCUCAAACUCAUAGAGCGAGAAUGGCGGCGCGACGUGCAUCGGGACCCGAAGGGCUCCGCGGACCCGGAGGAGUGGGCGGACGUCGCGAGGAAGCGCGCGAUGGGGACGUGGCGGGAGGAGUGGUGGCGCAGGGUGCCUCGGCCGGGCAAGGGACACCAGAAUAAGGACUGGCCGAUAUUCGAUGACCAUUAUUGGCUGGCAAGGGAAAUGACGCCCGAGCAGAAGGCGUGCCUCUAUUCGCUGCCGCUCGUGCUGCACGUACCCACAGAGCACUUCUUCGUCGUGCACGCCGGUAUCCUUCCCUACGACCCGAAGCACCCCUUGACAGACAAACGUCAGCCACUCGCGCACCCGCCGAAGCUCAGACAGUCUUUGACUGACUCAGAGGAAGGGCAAUACGCUGCUGCGGCGUCGUCCUCUCAGUCUCAAAGUGUAUUGGUGUCUGCUCCAGCGGCGGAUGCUACCCAGAGGAAUGAUACACGGGAGCUACUCCGCACCAUGCAGGGGAGGGCAUUGUUGGCGGACAUCCCGGGGAAUCGCGACCCUUGGGUGCUGCUGAACAUGCGGGGAAUUCGGAAGAAGAAGGCAAAGGUGACUCGGGACAACAACAAAGGCACGCCCUGGAGCAAAGUCUGGAACGAACAGAUGGGCCUCUGCAAAGGCUUCGACAGCGCGUCACCCUCCGGUGUUUCUACCCUACACACCAGGGACAUGCGCGCCCAUCCUUCGUUAUCCGGCCUCCGAGAAGAUGAGGACGACACGGACGUCCUGCCAUGCGAGCCUGUCACCGUUGUGUACGGCCACGCCGCGACUCGCUCGCUCGACGUUAAGCGAUGGAGCAUGGGUAUCGACACAGGAUGUAUUUACGGCCGGCGGUUGACCUCGCUCGUCUUGCAGCGGCCGAAUGGUAGCAUGGCUAUGCACCUCGUCGACCGCAAGGACGAUGAGGACGAGGACGAGGACUUCGAACCGUCCGCUCCACGCGAGCGGAACACACCCUCACUCCGCGAGGAACCAGACCUCCCGCACAAGAGAUGGAAGCCGAAGGCACAAAAGGUCCAGUUUGGCGAUGUCGACUCGGGCGUCGAUGCGCAGCUCGUGAGCGUGCGGUGUCCCGACAUGGGCGACCUCCUCUGA